AUGAAAAAUCCCAAUUGCGAGGUGGACGAACUACAAAUCCUAAGCAAUCUCAGGUCCUUUUUGAAAUGUGACGAUAAAGAGUCCGAAAAUCCGGAAAACAAAGAAGUCUCGUCGAAUGAAGAAUCAGAUGCAAAAAUUGGUAGUAGUGAAGAGACUUCAGGAUUCUCUGGUGAAAAUUCACCGUUGGUGAAGGAACGUGUCGAGCAUCUCAAUCCUUUGUUGAGAUUAAUAGGAUCUUCACCAAUUAAAAAAGCAAACUGUCACAAAAAAAAAGAUGGUCCGGAUGACCUCGAUGAUGACGACGAUACCUCAAUUUUAAAAACGUUACAAGAAAGUUUUAAUUCUACUGCAGACCGAACUCAUAAAAUUAAAAUAUUGACAAUUUUCAGACAUUGGUCUUAUCAAAAAAAUGAAGGAAAAUUCCCUACUGCAACUCGUCAUAUGAUAAGUGUAGCAAAAAGUAUUGCUAAACAUAAAGGCAUAUUGAGCGAUCCUAGUCCCAAACGUCAUCCAUCUCUAGCAGUAGACGCUGUAAAUACUAUAGUUAGCUUCUUCCAGUCUGAUGAUCAUACUCAAUUGAUGCCAGGCCGAAAAGAUUAUGUAUCAGUUAAAGUAAAUGAUCAAAAAGUACAAAUGCAGAAGCGACUACUUUUAAAUAAUUUAAAAGAAUUAUAUGAAAUGUUCACAAACACUUUUCCAGAAAUAAAAUGUAGUUUUUCUAAAUUCGCUAGCCUACGACCAAAAUACUGUGUGCUAGCAGGAGCUUCUGGCACUCAUUCAGUGUGUGUUUGCCCUAUCCAUGAAAAUGUUAAAUUAUUAAUAGAUGGUGCAAAUUUAAAAUCAAUCACAACCGAUUCUCAACGACCUUUAAAAAAUUAUAAGGAUUGUUUGGAUCGUAUGGUGUGCCAUGAAAAAUCUACCAAGUGUUUUUUGAGUCUAUGCGACCGGUGUCCAGGUGUAACGAAUAUUAUUGAGCAAUUGGAAAAAAAAUUUGAAGAAAAAUAUGUCGAAAGCAUCACCUACAAGCAGUGGGUUACAACUGAAAGAACUUCAUUACAAACUCUAAUAUCGUCUGUAGAUGAAUUUUUGGAAUUUUUAAGUAACGGUUUAUGCAAAUUAUUAGUACACUCUUUUUUGGUAAAUAAACAAAGGGAUUUUUUAAAUGAAAAAAAAAGUGAUAUAAUGAAAAAUGAGUGCAUCGUAAUUUGUGAUUUCUCGGAAAAUUAUGCCUUUGUUAUUCAAAAUUCUGUUCAAGCUGAGUUGCCGAACAUUGACUGUCCCAAAACUGCCGAUAUUCCGUUUUUGGUGUACUGCUCGGAUAUUUCUGGUCUCUUAGCACAUAUUUUAAAUAUACGAGAUUUAAAUGACGACUUCCAUGUAAAAAUUGGGAUCGACAGCGGUGGCGGAUCAUUGAAAGUUUGUUUGACUGUGAUGCCAGAAAAUGAUCCAGAAUAUCUGCUGGAAACACUAGAUUUAAAUUCAAUUUGUGGAGUAUGUUCCUACACUUUUGCUGCCGAUCUGAAACUUUUGAUGAUACUUUUGGGACUCCAGUCAAACUCCUCAGCUCAUCCAUGCCCAUGGUGUGAAAUAAAUGCAAAAGAUUUAAAAGAAAAAGGACUUUCAAGAACAAUAAGCUCUAUAACCAAGCAGUCAACAGCUUGGAAAGCUAAUGGGAAAAUGAAAAUGAAAGCUAAAUUUUACAAAAACUGUGUUUAUAUUCCACUCAUUAUUGGUGAUGAAGAGACGCCAGUUUUACGAUACCUCCCACCGCCAGAGCUACAUUUAUUACUGGGCAUAGUACAGAAGCUCUACGAUUCCUUAAAAUAUGAGUUUCCUGAGGUUGCUUCAGAAUGGGUACGACAAGCAUCCAUAGAUUUCGACCAUUUUGGAAAAUUCAAUGGGAAUAAUUCUCGGAACCUUUUGAAAAAAGUUGAUAUUUUAGAAAUAGUUUCGCCAGGGACUAUUGCUGGGCCUUCUAGUGAGUGUGUGGAAACAUUGGUGGUGGACGAUUUUAGGUCGGUUUUAAAUAAAUCCACUGAUGAUGUUAAAUACAAUAAUGAAUCACAGAUAGAAGAUGCAUCAUAUGAAUUGACUGAAAGUGAAGAUAUUCCGCAGUCAACUGAGGAGUCAGACACAACUCGAGAGAAAGAAAUAAGAAGGGUUUUAAAAGGAAAAGAACUGUGCAAAACCCUGGUGUUGAUGAACUGUUAG